ACAAACAGAAAGAGACCAGACAGACGCUGAAUUAUAGGAUCCAGUAGUACUGGAGACCGUUGUGAGGGGCACCACGAAGCACUGAAAAAGAUUGCUUACAAAUAAAAGGAAGAUAGUCAACCACCACAUACCUCCAAAGGGAAACCAGGAUACAGGCUACCCUGAAAUCACUUGAACAGCAUCUACAGCAUACAGAUAUGGCCCAGGAGACGAACCAGAGCCCAGUGUUGUGCGCUAUGGGCUGUGGCUUUUAUGGGAAUCCUAGGACGAGUGGGAUGUGCUCGGUAUGCUACAAGGAGCAUCUGCAGAGGCAGCAAAGCAGUGGCAGAAUGAGUCCAAUGGGUUCUAGCAGUGUUUCCAAUAGUCCUACCUCAGAAGCUUCCGCUAUACAGAGAAUAGAAGCUAGUUUAAGUAACUCGGAAGCCGCUUCCAGCAUGGCUGAUACAGCAAGAGGUAUGCCAGCAUCUUCCUUGCCUGUAACGCAGCAAAUGACAGAAAUGAGCAUUUCCAGGGAGGAAAAAGUCACUACACCAAAAGCUGAGGCAGCCGAACCAGUUUUAACUCAGCCUACAGCAUCAGCUUCCCACCCCAGUGCUCCAGGAAGUGAUGAAACAAAAGCCCCAGAACUGCCCAAAACAAGGAAGAACAGGUGUUUCAUGUGUCGAAAGAAGGUUGGCCUAACAGGUUUCGGUUGUCGCUGUGGAAAUUUGUUCUGUGGACUUCACCGCUACUCUGACCAGCACAACUGUCCAUAUGAUUACAAAGCAGAAGCUGCUGAAAAGAUCAGGAAAGAAAAUCCGGUUGUUGUAGCUGACAAGAUCCAGAGAAUAUAAGGCAUAAAACCUUAUUAGGCUGAACAGUGGAUAAAGGACUUUUUUAUUAUUAUUAUUAUUAUUAUGAUCUUAAAAAUCAAAUAGAGAGCAGAUGCAUGAACAAUCUUUUUUUUUUUGACUUUGGUGUAUGCUUUUGUUUUUCCUUCUGGUUUGAAAAAACAAAACAAAAACAACUGCAGGACCUGAUAUUUCAGGAGAGCUGAAGUACUGUUCUACAAUUUGUUUUCCUCAAACUCUUGGGAGAUCUCCUUUUGAAACCCGCAUUCAUCUUUGUGCCAAAAAUGGAAUGGGAUAUUCAUCAUAUUCAUGUUCAUAUUCAUUGUUUUGCUUCUUUUUGCAAAGCAAAGCUAUGAAAAUGAUGUUUUUGUUUGUUUGAAUAGAUGUCUACAUGCAAACUUUAUUACUGCUAGAGUUAGAGGCAGACCGGAGAUGUACAAUACCUAUUCUGUUCAUUGUUUUACAGUCGUAGACAAAGGCAAGGCAAAUCUAAACACAGAUGAUCCAUCUUUGAUGUAUUUGGCCUUUUCUUUAUUAACAUAACAUAUUCAACCAAGCAACAUCUUUAUAUCACUCUGCUGCUUUCUUAAUUGUCUGACUGCAGCUGAACAAGUAGUUAAACAUACCUUGAUUUAUGUUGUGUCAUGUUUUGUCACUGGUCAAUUUGUAGCGAUACCUGAAAUAAUGCUUAUUGAUAUUUCAAAAACAUGCCUGUAAUUACUAAGGUUGUUAAUUUUGUGAUGCAUAUUUGAUGCCUGGAACAAUGCCCUUUUACUAGGGUAUAGAAGUUGGGUAUUAUUGGGUGUAGCUAUGCAACCCAUACUAUAUAACAAUGCACAAUAUCUGACAUUAAGAAAUGGCAAUAUACUUCAAUAAUGGGUGUUCAAUAUUUUCACUUCUCUUCAAAAUUAUUUUAGUUUUUAAAUUUUGUAUGAUGUGUAGAGGUCGUGCUGAUACCUAUUAUACACGCAUAAAUGUUAUAUAUGUAUGUGAGACAUCUGUCUCUCACGCAUACACACCUGUUUAUUUGUAUACAGGGGGUACAAUGACAGUAGCUAAAGAACAUUUUCUUUUGAUUUCACAACCAUCUCCCUUACUCUGGGGUGUCCAUUGGGAUUAAUAACCAAGGUUUUUAAAACAAAAUGUGUUCUCGCCUCAUUAGCGUAACUUUAAUUGGAUUCAUAUUGUUGUGAGCUUGGUUCUUUAACCAGGAUGAAGUUCAUUAGGCUCAACACGAAAAGGUUAUUUUCCUGUAUUCCCAGUAAUAUGAACUCCCUAUUCCCAUAUAUUUUUCCAUGUGCUGCACAUAAGGGGUGUCUGAGGUUUUGGUAGGAUCCUAUUGCUUGUAACAAAGCAAAGGAACCUUUUAGUGUUUUGACAGGGUUGAUGAGCAUUGAGGCAGGAAGAAAUAAAGUAACGGGUGAAAAUAUAGUCUUGAAAAAAAUUGAAUUGAAAACGCAUGAUGAUGAUGUUAUGUUAAUGACAGGAUAAUGUUUAUCUUUUUUUUUUUUUUU